AUGAACAAAGUUCUAAAUACUAUUGAAAAAAUCGAUAUAUUCGGUGUUCCUAUUUGCCUUCUAUCUAAUUCAAAUAACUAAAGAUACUAAAGCAAAGUUGGAGGAAUAAUAACAAUUGUGUUAAGUAGUGUGAGUUUGGCAUAUUUUUUAUAUGUGAUCACACUAUGGAUAAAUAACUAAAUAGCACCUAGCAUAAGUUCAAAGUAAAAAACGAUAGGGUACGCCGAAUUUUAAUUACCAGAAUCAAUGAUUGAAUUAAAUUUAGAGGAUUUCACUGGAGAUGUUGACCCAUUCAAAAAAGUGAAUAAUAUAAUUACACCUUUAUUAGUGACAUUUAUAAAUACAACUGUUUUGGAAAAACCAAUUCCUUUGUUUUCGAAUGACUAAAAUCCCUAUAGAAUUGAAUUAAAAAAUGUUAACCUUGUGCUCAACACCUUGGAUAGUUAUGAUGAAACAAAGAAAUUACAAGAAUAGCAUGCGAUUAUCCUUGCAAGAUGUUCAAGUUAAUUUCUAGUUGAAGGCAGUAAUUGUGCUGAUUCAUAAACAAUAGAUGACUAUUUAUCUCGAUUUCAUGGGUUUUUAUUCGUUAAAAUUAGAUUGAGUUAAUUAGAUUUGGUAACAAAGGAACUAGAAUUAUUCAAAAAAUUAUACUAUACAAGCUUUGAUACCAAUAAGCCGUAGUACUCGCAAAUAAUGUUAAAAUAGCAAUAAUCAAUAAUCGAUAAUGGUAUUUUAUUUAAUAAUUAUGAACACUUUAAUUUCUUAAACAACUAUGAAUUGAUUACUUAAGAGACUGACAAAAAAUAUCUUGCAAAUACAAUUAAUGCAAUGUCAAAAUUCAAUUAUGAUUUCGAUAGCUAUGGUUGUUAUUUAUUUAGAAUUGAUAACAUUUCUAUUGUUGAAGAAAUAACAUAUCCUAAGUUAGGUUUUGUGUUAGCAUAAAUUGGAUCUAUCAUCUAAUUAAUUUUUAUGUUGAAAUAUAUAGUGUUAUACUAUAAUGAUUAAUUAUCGGAAAAUGAAUUAUUAAAUGAAAUUAUUACAAUGUACUAUCCAGAAUUCAAGUAAUUUUCUGUAAAUUUCAUAAAUCAGUUCCGAUUUGAUGAAUAAGAUUUAAAUAUUAAAUAACUACCUAUUGAGAAUAUGAAAUUAAAGUAUUAGGCACUGAAAAAAGGAGCAAAAGAAAAGUGUAGGCUAACCAAUCUCCUUUAUGAAAUAUCAAGAAUAUAAUUUAUUCUCUAAGAUAAGUUUGGAGAUUAGAUUCUGUCAUAAAGUCGUUAAAUGGGAGGAAAACUGUAGAACAUAUAAAUAGAAUUACAAAGCUUUAAAGAGACAAAUCAGUUAUAAAUAAAACCUGUAGAUUCUAUUGAUAUGGAAUGUUAUUCGAUAGAACCAUUAGAAAUAUUGAUCAAAUAAACUUGA